AUGGGCAGCCUCGAGAUCAUGCCCCAGACCCAGAAGCUCCUCGUCGACGAGGGCGCGCUGCUCACGAACGCCUUCGUCAACACGCCCAUCUGCUGCCCGUCGCGCACGGAGUUCCUGACGGGCCGCAUGUACCACAACCUCGGCACGCCGGGCGGCGCGUGCAUGCACGUGGACACGUCGUUCGUGGAGCGCGCGGACGCGGGCCUCUUCGGGCUCCUCUCCGCGGCGGGCUACGACGUCGGCAUCUUCGGCAAGGUCACGAACGACCAGCCGGAUAUCCUGCGGCGCAUCGCCGCGGCGCGGUCCGCGGCCUACGUCGACAGCCCGUCGCAGUACAACGACUACGACGGGCUGAAAUACUUCCGCUACGAAGCGGGCUCGGAACCCUACGAAGAGCUCCUCAACGAGACGGCGCCGGUGUUCGAUCGGCAACCGGACGCUGCGCUGGCUCGACGGGCGCACACGGGCCCGUUCUUCGCCUACGUGGGCCCGCACGCGCCCCACUUCCCGGCGACGCCCGCGCCCUGGUACGCGCACGCCUUCGACGACGUGGGCAUACCCGAAACCCCGAACUACAACUGUAGCCACGAGGACAAGGUCCAGCACGUCCGCCAGACGCCGCCCAUCGACGACCGCGUCAAGUGCUGGCAGUCGCAACAUUUCCGCGAUCGCUGGGCGUCGCUGCUGAGCGUCGACGACCUGGUGUUCAGCCUCUACCACAAGCUCGAGGCGAUGGGCGUUUUGGACGACACCUACAUCGUCUACACGUCGGACCACGGCUACAAGUUCGGCCAGUGGCGGCAGACGACGAGCAAAACUCAUCCCUACGAAACGGACGUGCGCAUCCCCUUCAUCGUCCGCGGGCCGGGCAUCGCGCCGGGCUCGACGCUGCCGGACCUCGUGGGGAACGUCGACCUGUUGCCGACGGUCUUGGACCUCGCGGGGCUCGCGAUUCCAGAGGACGUCGACGGCAGCUCCUUCGCGUCGCGGCUCCUCGGCGGCGACGGCCCCGCAGGCCGGGGCGCGUUCAUCGUGGAGUACAUGAGCGUCGGCACCUACUAUUUCGACCAUACGUCGAUCUGGAGCAGCGACGCGAGGUGCGGGCCCAUCCCGCGCGGUCCGGACGGCGCGAACACGACAGAAUGCGUCGAGUCGGAGGGCGUCGGCGACAGGGCAGCAAAAGGGUGCGAAAUUCCCAACUUCAAAGGCUCAUAUCUCGGCCGCUUUCCACUCGUCGGCGACGGCGACUGCUACAUCGUCGAUUCGACGCACUCCAACAGCUGGCGCAUGCUCCGGGUUCUCACCGAGGACGAGGACCUGGCGUACGUCGAAUACGACAAUUCGUGGACGUGGAACGCCACGGAGCUUCAAUUUUACGAGCUCUACGACUUGGGGGACGACCCCUACCAGCAGCGCAACGCCUACGGCGCCGCGACGCCCGCGCGCCGAGCCGCGUUGCACGGUGCCCUCGCGGAGCUCUUCGCGUGCCGCGGCGCGGGUUGCGCCGCGGCGGCGGUCUGGCCGCGGUGGGCAGAGCUAACGACCUAG